GUCAAACAUCUGGCAGCAUUCGGGGACGAUGGCUGCAGAGGAAAGUGUCAUAGUAUAUAACAAAUGCUGUUGCUGUCUGUCACUCCGCAGAGGCUCUCAGGCUAUUGCUGCUGUUAGUCUGUGCCUUGGUGUAGUUGGUACAAUCUACAGCAUCUAUGUCGGUGUCGCAGGAACGAAGGCAGGGUACUACAACAUCGCCCCGCAGGCAACGACGGCUUUAAUGGCAGUCGUCCUCCUCCACGCCGUGAAGAAGGAACGCCGAUGGCUGGUCCUGGCGUGGGCGUACACCACCUUGGGCGUGUUAGCGGUGGGUGUGGUGCUGGGCGUGGUCAUCAUAUUUCUGAAGGUGUCGCUCCUGUUAGCUCUGAUUCUGCUUAUGACGUCAGUGCUACAGCUGUAUUUCGUUAUUGUAGUGCGGUCGUAUGGUUUGUCAAUAACGGCAAAUGCGGGGCUACUUGAUGUCCGUUCUGUAGAAGCUUAGGUAAAUGGGGAAAGUAAAGCUUGGGUGGCCGAGAGCUUGUGUGUGGAAAAUGAUAGAUGUAUGAAUUAAAUAUUAAAUAUGAAUAAACGAUUAAUUAUUUUACACAUGCA